AAACUUUAUGACCUCAAUUUUGCUCCAUACUCUUGUGCGUGGGAUUGCUCAUUUCAUGUACUCCGUCCUAAGUGAGGUUGUCUCAUUGGAUUUCCAAGAAGAAUCAGUUCCACGUUUCCCCUCCUGUGGAUUCACCUGCAAGUUACCUGCUUUAAUCAUUUCUCUACCCGGCUCCAUCAGACCCCUGGUUCUCUGUAUAACCACCCACCUCGCACUAAUCUGGGGAUUCACCAUCAACCAUUCUCCACACAUGGCCCUGGCCAUCUUUUCCUCCACGCCUCACUGAAUCAUUCUAAAACGGCACCGAUCUCGUGACCCUUUCCAUCCUCCUGAAGGAUCAAGAUCUGUCAGUUGUUUGUUUCUUUAAAAAUAAAACCAAAUCCUUAUUUGAACUCUUUUGAUUCUGCAUGUGGGUCAGAAAGUUAAAUCCGAACAUGUCAAUAACCUUUAGUGAGGAUAAGGCAGCGAAGGACUUCAUCCGUCAAUCAUGACUGGCAGCACUCGAUGUAAUCAUGGCUUUGCAGCAAACACUUUUUACAAGAUAAGAUUAAUAUACUUAAGGAAGCCUGAUUGGAAAUAUAUAAAAUAUUGCCUUAUGAAAAAGGUAUGUAUCUAGUAACCAUGGAGAAAAUGCCCCACCAUUAUAUAGUCUAUCACGUAUGGAAAAAAACUGACUUCAACGUUGAAGAGCAAUUAGACCCAACACGCCAGAGGAAUGGAAAAAGAUAGAAAGAUGAUCAUUUUCUUUUUAUUUUUGGCUGGUAUUUGCAGUUCUGUGCUUGGAGAAGAGUGGACGGCCGAUGUUGUAAAGUCCAUUGACGCUCUAGUUGGCUCCUGUGUUGUGCUGCCCUGUACAGUCAGUCAUCCUGGGACUUACCUGUCUACCUCCAGACUCAGGGGCAUCUGGCAUCGUAAGGACAAAUCGAACGAGAUCUUCUACCAUGAAGACAGCACACAGAUCCUGGACAGCUUUAAGGGCCGAACAAGGUUGCUGGGAAACCUGGGUCAGAACAAUUGCACCUUAGAAAUAGUUCAAGUUAAAGAUCAUGACAAUGGCCCUUUCUGCUUCCGCAUUGAACUUGUACGAAAAGACACCAACCAACCCACUAAAGAAAAGUUCUCCUUUGUUGAGAAAUGUGCUGACGUCACAAUGAUCCAUGACAAACCUAAACUCAAACUGGGUUCAAUAAAGACGGCCAUUCAAGGCAAACCCUACACUCUCACCUGCUCUGUUCACCACACCUGCCCCUCGCAUUUCCCUCAGAUUAAAUGGAGUCGGGAAAGAAAGGAUGAUGACAUCACUGAAGUUCAUAAACACAUUCAUUCAGGGAUCUGGGAGGCAGAGUCCAUCCUGUCCUUCGUUCCUGAGGAAAAGGAUGACGAAUCAGAGCUCACCUGCACAGCAACAUUUAAUGGGGGGAUAAAAUCCGAGGCAAAGUUCACACUUAAUGUAAAACGCCAACAAAACUACAACCACAUCAUCAUUCCUGCUGUUGCAGUAGCUGCCACUGCUGUGAUCUUUGGACUCUUCUGUGUUUUGAUGGUGAAGAAAUACAAGAAACGUAUUCAAGAGCUUCAAAGUCAAGAUGGUAGAAGGUCUGUUUGGAGCCAGGUUUUCACUUCCCGUCACCAAAGAGGAACUGGAUGACAAUGAUGACGGACCCGAAGAUAGAAACAUCUAAUUAGUUAA